AUGGAAGUAGAAAUUAUUUCCAAAGAGAAAAUUAAACCAUCUUGCCCAACACCCUCUCAUCUGAGAAUUUUUAAGCUUUCACUUCUGGACCAGCUCAUACCAGCUCCCUAUGCUCCCGUAAUCCUCUUCUAUCAUCCUCCUAUAAAUGAAAAUGACGAUGAUAAUAUUAAUAGCAGGUUACAUUUGCUAAAGACCUCUUUGGCAGAAACCUUAACUGGGAUUUACCCACUUGCUGGGGAGAUCAAAGAUGACCUGUCCAUUGACUGCAACGACCAAGGAGCUCAUUAUGUGGAAGCCCGAGUUAACUACUCUAGUCUUGAUGAAUUUCUCGGCCGACCUGACCUUUUGCUACUACUACAUCGCUUCCUCCCUUGUGAUGUAACAACUGCAGGUGCAAGUGUAACCAACAUUCAAGUCAAUGUGUUCAAAUGUGGUGGCAUCGCCAUCGGCCUAUGCAUCUCACACAAGAUCCUUGAUGGUGCUGCUUUGUGCACCUUUCUCAAAUCCUGGACUGCCAUUGCUCGUAUGCGCAGCAGCACCAGCAGCCCUGGGCCCGGCUCUUUGUUAAGAACAUCCUCCUCCUCCUCCUCAUCAUCAUCAGAUUCAAUAUUAAUAUCAUCAUCAUCAGAUUCAGAUUCAGAUUCAGAUGAUCAUCAAACAGAAGACGCAACAACAUAUGCAAGCGUAGCUUCUUCAAUAAUAGGGGGGCCCAAUUUAUUUGCUGCAACUCGUCUGUUCCCCACCAACGAUGAUUUAUGGCUUAGAGAUUCAUCAAUUCCGAUGUGGGGUUCCUUGUUCAUAAAGGACGGCAAGUCCUCAUGCGUCACAAAAAGAUUUGUAUUUGAUGCCUCAGCUAUAGCCAACCUCAAGGACAUGGCCAAAAGUUCAUCAUCAUGUGUGCAAGUACUGGAACGUGGACCCACGCGUGUUGAAGUGGUUUCGGCUUUCAUAUGGCAAUGCGCCAUGGCUGCCUCUAAACAAAAAUAUGGUUUCCAAAGGCCUUCAGUGCUGACUCACACGGUGAACUUGCGCUCAAGGAUAUUCUUAGAUGAUGCUUAUGAGGCUGCAGCAGCAUCAGAUACUGCCGCUGCUGCGGAUUUAAAUUUGGAGAAUUCUAUUGGAAACCUCCUUUGGAUAGCGGCUGCCCGAUGUCCGACGGUAAUGCUAGAUGAGGAGGAGGAGGUGGUUGUGGUGGCUAAUAAUAAUAGCUCCGCCUCCGGAUCAAGAAUAUUGCAUGGGUUAGUGAGUGAGUUGAGAAAUGCAUUGUCAAAAGUUGAUGGUGGUUUUGUUAAGAAAAUGCGAUCAGGCGAGGAGGGGAAGUCUCUCAUGUUGAAGUGUCUGAAAGAAAUAAUUAAAACAAAAGAAGAAGAAGAAGAAAAAAAAGAUUAUUAUGGGUUCAGCAGUUGGUGUAAGUUUGGGUUGUACGAAGCUGGUGAUUUUGGGUGGGGAAAGCCAAUCUGGGUCAGCAGCAUUGCUUCCACAGGUAAUUCCGUCUUCAUGAAUCUCAUCAUUUUGGUGGACACCAAGUUGGGUGAUGGAAUAGAAGCAUGGGUCACGUUGGACCAACAUCACAUGGCUCUUCUCCAAUCCAAUCCCCUACUCCAAAAAUAUGUUUCAUUCGACCCCACUCCUUUACUACUCCUUUGA